GAUCUCGGUCAUAAGACAAACUUCCUCUUUUUGACAUGAGAGCAGCUAUUUUGACUUCACAGCUUGGAAUACGCGAGAAAGCGUCUCUCUGUUUUCAUUUAAGCAGGAAAUACAGAUGGUUUAUUCACUUUGAAUCAGACUGAGAUGUUAAGGUUGUUUCGAGUCUGUGUGUAUACGCUGUUGUUUUUUAUCAGUUUUUCAGAGGCAGUGAUAUCCUGUUUAAAUGAGGAUGGUCAGCCUGUUGACUGGUUCAUUAUUUACAAACUUCCCAUUUACAAGAUGGAAGUUAAGGGAAGUGGAGUGGAUUACAUGUAUCUGGAUCCAUCAGUCGUGGAUUUCCAGAUGAGCAAACAUACAGUCAACAGCAGUAAAGGAGCUUUAGGAAGAACACUGACACAGCUUUACUCCAGAUAUACAUCUAACGGCUCAGUCUAUAUGGUUUACAAUGACGCUCCACCAGAACUGAAGUACCCAAGCAACUAUGGACAUACAAAAGGCGUACUGAUGUUUGACCACUCUCAGGGAUUUUGGCUCACACACAGUGUUCCUCAUUUCCCUCCGUUUCCAGAGAGAAAUUACAGUUACCCAUCUACAGGAAAAUACUACGGACAGACUCUGCUCUGUAUUACAUACAACUACGCACAGUUCCCUCAAAUAUCAUGGCAGUUAGCAUAUCUUAAUCCACGCAUGUAUAACUGCUCUGUCCCUAUGGCAUUUCGCCCGGACUUUGCAGUCAUGGCACAGAUUUGUGAUGGUAAGACACCUGCCAUUAAAAACAGAAGAAGUCUGCAGAAGCUGAAGUCCGUCCGAGGACAAACUUUUUUCAGUUUUGCCAAAUCACACAACUAUGUGGAUGAUAUUUACACUGGUUGGGUGGCUCAAGCAUUGGGGACAGAUCUGCUGGUGGAGUCAUGGCUGCACCAGGCACAUCGGCUCCCCUCCAACUGCUCACUUCCCCGGCACGUGAUGAACAUUGACAGAGUUCGUCUUCCAGGACCGCAGAUGUUCAGAAGCUAUGAGGAUCAUUCAAAGUGGUGCGUGUCUUAUGCAUUCAAAGACCAGUGGGCAUGUCUGGGGGACUUGAACAGAGACAGUGGCCAGGCUGGCAGAGCUGGUGGGCUGAUAUGUUCUCAAAGCUCAGUCAUUUAUAAAGCUUUCCGUCAAGCCAUGGCUGGGUAUAAACACUGCUGAAAAAAAUACCUUCAGUACAUUGACUUUUGUGCAUGCAUUAACCACUUUUGAAAACCUAAUCAACAAAAGAAAAACAGUUUGUUUUUUAACCAAGUUUUAAAGUUGUUUUAUUUUGUAUCAAACCUUUAUGACAUGUCAUUCCAAACCUGUUUAUGUUAAUAUGUUCUGUGAAACACAAAAUAAAACAGUUUUUUUUUUUUGAUAAUUGAAAGAAAUAUUUUUGAAGUUGUAUAUAAAACAAAGAUCACUGGAGUGAUGUUUGUUUAAUAAACACAUUUAUUCUGUACGCAAAUUCACAUUUAAUUCAAUCUGUUGUGUGCCAUGUCUUUGUAGUUACUUGUAAAACUAGUGAAAUAAAAAAAAAUGAAUUAAGAAGGUGAAUUAAAAAGAAUGAAUUAAUUGAAUACCUG